AUGGGCCUAGUCAACUACUCCGAGUCCGAGUCGUCCGGCUCCGAAUCGGAGGCUGCCCCUAAGAAGGCGCCCCCGCAGAAGGCUCCGGGGACCAAGAAGCCCUUUCAGAAAGUCGUCGACCGAUCCAACCCAGGUAAAAUCGUCGUAAACCUGCCACAGGCCGCCAGCAGCAGCAACCACAACGCCGGCGCCGACGAAGCGCAGUCAAGCGACGGGCCACCAGCGAAGCGUGCUCGCACCAGCGGCGCCGGCGGCGGACGCUUUUCGGGCUUCAACUCGUUCCUCCCCGCGCCCAAGAACGCUCGCAACGCCGCGGUGUCGAAGCCUGCCACCUCCGCCUCCUCCACGCCGGGGCAAUCGCGGCCCGUCGUAACUCUCAAGACGAGCGCAGAACCUGGCUUUAGCAGGGAAAUAGAAGAGUCGCGGACGGAUGGCAACACGGCAGACGGCAUCGAGACGCCAGCGGCCGCCGGGGGGAGUUUGCCUCCGCCGAAACGACCCGCCGAGCCGUCGAUACCGCAGGGGCAGAAACCCGCAGAUGAGGUCAAGCUGGUCGGCAAGCCGCUCAUGUUCAAGCCGCUGUCCGUCUCACGAAAGCCCAACAAGAAGAAGACGGUUGCAGUGGCGGCUCCGGCGGCGUCAACGCUGCCUACGUCCGAUGACGCGGAACGACCCCAACCAAACGGCAGCGCAGGAUCGCAGGUUGCCCCCGCGUCAGCGCCGCAAAAAGUGUCUCUAUUCUCGCUACACGCUGAGGAGCCUGUCUUCUCGACAGACGCCCCGAAAUCAAGCGGCGCAUACGAGCCGCUAUUCGCCACCCCGGAGACGUCCAACGAGGACUACUACGCGCAGUUCGCGGGCGACGCAUACGCGGGACCCUCUGCGACCACGGCGCCGCACGCUUCGUCCACCGCCGGCCAGUCCCUCGACAGCAUCGCUGACGACCUCAAUCUCUCGGCUGCGGCGCGGCGCGAGCUCUUCGGCCGGGGCCUCGCCGCGGCCCAGACGGCCACUAGCGUAAAGAAUUUCAACAUGGACGACGAGUAUCGGCACAAUGAGGAGCUGCGUGCCGCCGGCGAACAACAGACACAUAACCCCGUGCGUUCCAUCCAGGGCGGCGGUAAGCACAGCUUGCGCCAGCUGGUGCAGAACGUGCACAACCAGCGCGAGGCGCUCGAGGAUAGUUUCGCUAGGGGGAAGAGCAAUCGCAAAGAAGCGUCGAGCAAAUAUGGAUGGUGA